AUGUCUAAGACAGCGGAACAAGAAGCACCAAAAGAAACGCAACCAUAUAUGCGGCUUCGCGUUUUAGUCGACUCUAAAAAAUACGCUUUAAAACAACUCUCUGCUGAGUGGGCUCUUUACCAUGCAGGACUUCAUUGGCAAGAAGGGCUUUUGUUAUACAGUAAGAAUGUUGUCAUCGCCCAGCCCAACGAUGAUUCUUCUACUUCAACAAAAGAAGAAAAUCAGAAUCAAGCGCUUUUAGAUAGGUCCCUCGCGCAUUUGUUUAAAGCUAUAAUUUUAUCGGAGAACAUGUCUUUUAUCGCGGCUUCGACGUGUCUUGUUCCAUCGUUGUUUCCCAAAGGAACACCAUUGAAUACACAAAUUGGUCGUAUCAUAAAAACUGUGUGUGGGAUUGGAUCACAUAUUGGCGUGAUGCCUGAUGCAAAAUUCACAUCGUUAAUGUGGGAGUUACUAACCAAGCUCGAAGCAAGUGAUACUGAUAUGGAACAAGCAUUGACUCUCUUCACCAAAAGUAUAAUGUCUAUAUUUUUGUGGGUCGAAAGUAUAAAACUAGAAGAACAAGUACGUUUAUUCCAACGUGGAAUAAUCUUUAUUGCUGCCAUGCGGAAGUUAUUAGCCUUAAAAUUACCAGAUUUUGUUGCAGGAUUCGCAAUUCAAGCGUUGAAUGGGAUCCCGGUAUCGACCGUGAUAGAGGGAAGACCAUUACCAAGUUUGACGGCGAGAACACAAUUGUCGGAUGCUGUGCGUGAAAAGAUUCUGAAAAGAGCUAUAGAAGAUGAGAAUUUAAGCUUUUUGUUGAGUCUAGAGCUAAUCUCUCUUAUGUAUUUUCGAUCAGGUUCUGCGUUGUUAAAGAUGGAGGGGGUGAAGCCUGAGGCCGUGAAGGCUACCUUACAAUGGGCUCUUGAUUUAUUGGAUGCGAGCAAAAGCCCUGAAUUUGCAAUAUCUCCGUCUUUAUCGUCAUCUUCUGAAACGAGAACAAUCGAAAACAAUGAUAAAAAUAAUGAAAACUCUAAUGUGAACUCUACAAACGAACAAUUACCAUUAAUUUUUGCUGUCCCGAUUCACACACUUUAUCGGUCAGAUUAUUUAUAUUAUCUUUGCGGCGCGAUAUUUAAUCUUAAAAAAUACCAACAAGCAAAAUGGAAAUAUCUGGACGUGGUAAAAACGGCGCGUGAUCUAAAUCGCGUGACAGCACUCGAGGCGUUAUAUAGUGUUCCGGUAUGUAUUGCUUUGGGUGCUGAUAGCGUAAAGGACCCAACAAUAUUUGACGUGGAAGAAUUUCGAAAAGCUACCAAGGAACCCGAUUCAUUAUAUCAUGAAUUGAAGGAGGAGGGUAUUUGGUUGGAGAUGCUCGAAUCUAAUCAGAGAAAUCUGGUUACACAAUUACUUGAAUCUCUACCGGAAAGAGGAUCUUCUCCGAUAUUAUUAAUGGAAGGAACAAACUCUGAUGAAUCUCGAGAUUUCUCUUUUUCAACAUCCUCAGGAAAAGAACAAUCCUCAUCGAAAACGAGUACCCCUUCAGAAAGUGUUGAUCAAAAUUCAAAGAUAACACUCGAUAAAUGUGCUCAUUGUCAAAAAGCGGAUCCAACUAUGCAGUGCCCGUGCAAACAG